UUCAAAGCGUUUCCGGUUUCACCGACUGUGGUAUACGAAGAUGCAUUCCAAAUUUGGAUGGCUCAUGCCACCCGAGGUAUCGAUCCUACGGGAGCAUGCCGUCACAGCUGGAUUUAUGGUUCGACUAAACGCCUAGUGCGGCGAGGUGACUGCAUAAUACGAUUGACAAACGGCACAGGUACUGUUCCAAGAAUCGUCCAGCACUUCUUCGUGAAGACAUCGCCAUCUGCAUACACGUCAGCUGUCGCUUCUUCACACUCGCUGUCGCAUCACCAGAAUCAAUCAUGUCGUCUCUACGCCUCCUCUUCGUGUCUCUCAUCGCAUGUGUUUUGGCGGCGGAUCAGAGCCCACCUACGGCAUUUGGCUUGACUCAGCAGUAUCGACCAGACACACAAUGGAGGUCCUGUAAAUCGACGGGCAAUGUGAGGACGAACUGUGGCUUCUGCUACAGCAAGUCUGGGAGCUUCCAAGGCUGGAACUGCAAUUGCGACAAGUUUUGCUCUGGAACUGCAAACGAUUGCUAUUAUAUCCUGGAGUCAGAUCCCAGCAACUACGCCAAAGUCACUUGCCAGGGAGCCGUGGUGCCUGCUUCGUGAGCUGUCGCAGUUCUUGCUGGAGGCGACAGCUUUUGGCUGCUUGCUCCGGCCAAGCUCUGCUGGAAGUUCGAUCACUCGGUGGCGUCGGGCUGGAACACAUAUGUGCUGGCCCAGACUCUUGACGCGCCAUGUCUCUGCCGGAUGUCUCUGCUCGAUGUCGUUGACGAGCUCAGAAUGUCGGCUGCCGAACAGCGAUUGCAGUUUCCCAGGACCGCUGUCCUGCCAAGACGCGACCGGGGUCGUGGUGGCGUGAGACAAAGCCUUAGGCGACAACGCUCCACGACAUCAGGCCCAGUCGUCCUGCCCAUCAGCUUCAUUGUCCGAAGAAGUAGGUCUUGGAGCACGAUUACGAUCAUGCUUUACGAGCAACCAAAGACAGUCUCAGCCUCAAAACAGGCGCGCAAACACUGGCCACUCUCAUAGCUCAUGCCAUCUGCCGCUCAAAUACAGCCCCAAGACCAGCUUGGGCGGUUCUCUUCACCCACCAGUCGAUCCUCACUCAACAUGAUGCAUUUUCAUUGGACAGGACUGGAAGGACUCGAAUCAAAGCACUGAACAGUACCUUUCUGCUU